AAAUCAGUGCAGUGUUAGAAAAUUUGUGGGAGUGAGUGAGCUUCAAAGGGAUAAUAUUAUCAUCAUAGUAAUCUCAAUGGCUUCUGCUUCCCUCCUCAAGUCAUCUCCGGUUCUCGACAAAUCGGAGUUUGUGAAGGGGCAGACUCUCCUCCGCCAGCACUCCGUCUCCGUCCGCUGCCAGCCCUCCGCCCUCUCCAUUCGCGCCUCCUACGCCGAUGAGCUUGUUAAGACCGCGAAAACUGUUGCCUCUCCCGGGCGUGGAAUCCUAGCGAUGGACGAGUCAAACGCUACCUGCGGGAAGCGUUUGGCUUCGAUUGGCCUGGAAAACACUGAGGCCAACCGCCAAGCCUACCGAACACUGCUUGUCACAGCUCCGGGGCUUGGACAGUACAUCUCCGGCGCUAUCUUGUUUGAGGAGACUUUGUACCAAUCCACCGUUGACGGCAAGAAGAUCGUUGACAUCCUAGUCGAGCAGAACAUCGUGCCCGGGAUCAAAGUCGACAAGGGUCUUGUUCCCCUUGCGGGCUCGAACAACGAGUCAUGGUGCCAGGGAUUGGACGGUCUAGCCUCCCGCUCAGCGGCUUACUACGAGCAGGGAGCCAGAUUUGCCAAGUGGAGGACCGUUGUGAGCAUUCCUAACGGCCCUUCUGCACUGGCUGUGAAGGAGGCCGCGUGGGGCCUUGCUAGAUAUGCUGCUAUCUCACAGGACAACGGUUUGGUCCCAAUUGUAGAGCCAGAGAUCUUGCUUGAUGGUGAACAUUCAAUUGAGAGAACAUUCGAGGUUGCUCAACAAGUGUGGGCUGAGGUUUUCUUCUACUUAGCGGAAAACAAUGUCUUAUUCGAGGGAAUCCUGUUGAAACCUAGCAUGGUCACCCCCGGAGCUGAAAGCAAAGACAAGGCCACACCGGAGAAGGUUGCAGACCUCACUCUCACGCUCCUCAAGAGGAGAAUCCCUCCAUCCGUCCCCGGUAUCAUGUUCUUGUCUGGAGGACAAUCUGAGGUCGAGGCGACACUCAACUUGAACGCAAUGAACCAAGCCCCGAACCCAUGGCACGUGUCCUUCUCGUAUGCACGAGCCCUUCAGAACACAUGCCUGAAGACAUGGGGAGGAAGGCCCGAGAACGUGAAGGCAGCUCAAGAUGCCCUCCUCCUCAGAGCAAAGUCGAACUCACUUGCACAGCUUGGAAAGUACACCGGAGAGGGCGAGUCCGAGGAGGCCAAGAAGGAAUUGUUCGUUAAAGGAUACAGUUACUAAGCUGUCCAGUUGAAUGCUUGAUCAAAACAAUGGGGAAAGUAUCACCAAAUGUUUGAUUCUAGCUUAUGAUGUUUGGCCAUAGCCCUAGUACAAUACUUUCUGUUGUUUGUAAUUUUGAUUUGUAUGAUCACACUCUGGAUUUGUGGGAGCUUUUUCAGUUAAUUAAUCAUGUUUCAAUA